AUGGAACAUAUUCAGCAUUGGGUUACAGAUAUACACCCGGUUACACGGUAUUGGGUGGCGGCCAUUUUGGUCUGCUCCGUAGUAACAGACUGUGAACUUAUUUCCAAUUCCCAUUUUAGAUUUAUCCCCGAAAAGGCCUUUGGUGGACAGUUUUGGUUAUUUUUAACAUCAUUUUGUUAUUUUGGACCGAUUUCUGUGUCUUUACUCGUUAAUAUUUGGCUUGUGGUUAAUCAAUCUGGGAAGUUGGAAGAAGAAUUUUCAACUCCAAGGACAUUAUUACCUAGGGAAGAGGAACUAGUGACAGAAGUAGAACAAGUAAGAGAAGUAGAACAAGAAGAACAAGAACAAGAAGAACAAGAACAAGAAGAACAAGAACAAGAAGCUGGAGAAACUGAAGAAGCUGAAGAAACUGGAGAAACUGAAGAAAUACAACCACCACAAUCUCAAACUGAUGAAAGAAUUCGUCAACGUCAAAUUAGAGAACAACAUAGAAUUCAAUUACAACAAGCUCAAGACACACAUUUAUUCAACAAUAAAACUUAUGACUACAUCUACUAUGUCUUUCUCAUCACCUUAUCCAUUAUAGGUUCAGUUACUCUUGGCAGGAACAGGGGUCUCUUUACCAUGCCGUAUUUGGGCCCUAUACUCAGUGAAGUCUUGCUUUAUAUAUGGUGUCGUAACAAUGCUGAAGUUGAAAUUAACUUCUUGGGGAUUUUACGGAUGAAAUCAGCGUAUCUCCCAUGGUGUCAUGUCUUGUGGGAUUGGUUAACUCUGCCCAAUUUCCAACUUGAUCUCUAUUCUAUAUUCCAGAAAAAUAUAUACAUUGGUGUUAUUUUCACUCUGGCUUAUUUUUGGAAAUCGAUAUUAACGUUAGGAUUAGGUCAUUUUUGGUGGUUUGUACGUGAUUUCUUAGCUAUUCAAUUUUAUUCUGAUGCUAAUGAAGAAAGAAGAUUAUUACGUUUGAGUGGAAAGAGGCAAAUUCAACGAGCUGGAUUCAUUAGAAGAAGAUUCAAUAUCAGUAGAUUUAUAUCCAGGAUAUUAUUACCACCUUGGUAUUGGUAG